CAUACGAACGCACGCGUCUACCUCUGCUCCUUCCAAGCACUUUACCCGAGUUUAAACAACAGGCGAAUCUUUAUUACCUAAUGCCAGCUUCGAUGUCACCGGUCUAGUUUGAGUGCUUAGUUUUACGGUGUGAAUCCUGGACGCGUCUUGAUCUCCUGCGACUACCUCUGAGCUCCUAACCUAACAGGUGUUGGGGGGCACGCCGCCCGGAGAGCGAACAUGUCCAAUGGGAAAGACGCAAAUGCUUCAGUUAAAUCCUCACAGAUGACCCUGAAAGAGUGUCUGGAUGAAUGUGUGGAGGCCUUGGAUCUCUUCCUUAACAACCACUUCAGCGAGAGCCUGGAGAGGCUGCGGCCAAGGGUGAAUGAGAGUAUGUACCAUGCUCUUAUCUACGCCACUGUGCUGGAAAUGCAGGCCAUGAUGACGUUCCAGCACGAUGACAUCAGCAACGCAGGAAAUACCAUGAAGAGUGCCCAGGAGGUCUGUCAGAGGUUUCGACAGAAAUCCCCAGGUUUGGCCAACAAGUCGGAAUCACUUACUGAAGUGCAGCUUCAUGCUGAAGUGUGUUAUGCAGAGUGCCAACUCCAAAGAGCUGCUCUCACCUUCUUACAGGAUGAGAACAUGGUGAGUUUUAUCAAAGGAGGGAUCAAAGUACGAAACAGUUACCUGAUUUACAAAGACCUGCAUUCCUUCAUAAAAUCUCACAACUGUCUCAAAGGACCCAGCCACAGUCACUUAGAGGGAGGGAUAUCAUUUGGAAUAGGGGCGUUUAAUCUGACGCUCUCUCUAUUCCCCCCGCGGAUACUCAGAGUUUUGGAGUUCGCAGGCUUUUCAGGAGACAAGGAAUAUGGUCUGUCCCUGCUGCGUGACGGUGCCACAGGGAUGAAUCUGCGCUCCAUGCUGUGUGCUCUGCUCCUGCUCUGCUACUACACCUUCCUCACCUUCAUACUAGGUAGGACAGGGGAGGGCGAGGUGGCUGAGGCUGAAAGUCUGCUCAAACCUUUCCGGCUUCGUUACCCGCGGGGAGCGAUAUUCCUCUUCUUUGCAGGCAGGACUGAGGAGAUCAAAGGAAACAUUGAUGAGGCGGUGGCGCUCUUUGAAGAUGGCUGCAAGGCCCAGCAGGCGUGGAAGCAGUUCCACCACAUGUGCUACUGGGAGCUGAUGUGGUGCUUCACCUACAAACGAGCGUGGAAGAUGGCCUACUUCUACGCAGACCUGCUGAGCCAGGAGAGCCGCUGGUCCAAGGCCAUGUAUGUGUACAUGAAAGCUGCUUACCUCAGUAUGCUGCCUAAGGAUGAGGCCAGGCCGUUUGGGGAGGACGAGGUACAACUCUUCAGACAAGUGCCAACCUUCAAGCAGAAGAUAGCAGGGAAGUCUCCUCCGACUGAGAAGUUUGCUAUUCGUAAAGCCAGACGCUACAAGGCUCAACGCCCAGUCAAGCUGCCAGUACCAGUGCUGGAGAUGAUGUACAUGUGGAAUGGUUUCAGUAUGAUCAGCAAACGACCAGAGCUGACUGAAGGCAUGAUGCAGACUUUGGUGGAGGCAGAGCGCUCCCUGCUGGAGGCUCCUGAGAACGAGUAUUCGGUGGACGACCGCUGUGUGAUCCACCUUCUGAAGGGUCUCUGUUUGAAGAACCAGGGUUUACUCCAGGCUGCUGAGGAGUGCUUCAACAAAGUGUGUUCCAGUGAAAAGAAGAUCAAGUUUGACCACUACCUGGUGCCCAACUCCCUGGUGGAGCUCAGUCUGCUCUACAUAGACCAAGGCAGAAGGGACGAGGCUAUUAAACUGCUGCAGAAGGCCAAACAAAACUACAAGGAUUACUCGAUGGAGUCUCGUACGCAGUUCAGGGUGCACGCCGCUCUGGCCAAACUGAAGGCUGACCCUGGUGAAGAUGAGGACACUCAUCUGUAAAAAAAGACCUUUCUUCCUGACUGCAGAGGCUCUUCACAGUGGACCCUCCAUUUCCCUCACACUGUUGACUGUUUUUAACUUGAUACCCAGUUUUUUUUUUUUAACCUCUAUGCAUUUUUUCAACCAGUGAAUACUGAGUGUUUUAUCUUUGUGCUGGGAUACCUUUUCAGGUAUUUUUGCAUCACAGUUUGCGACAACACCUCACUGGACAAAGGUAUAACCUGAUUAUUUACAAGAGCGGUCCUGUCCACAGAAAGACUUCAAAGAGAAUUGAACGUGGCAAGUUGAAAUUUCAAGUUGAGGGACGUUGAAUUUCACUGUCUUCCGUAGGUUAACACAGACUCGAGUGUAUAUAGAGUAGAUGUUUUAUUUUAUGGAUGUUUUUAUCGUUUACAUCGAAUAUUAAACUACACAAAAUCUUAAUCAACAGCUGAUUGAUAUCACUAUAAAUAGUAAAUGUAAUAAAUUUUGACUUAAUGAAA